AGGGCUCCUGCUGCUCCCUUCUCGUAUGACUCCCCGCCUGGAUUUAUAGCCAGUGGAAUAUCAUGGACUGAAGAAAUUCACCCUCCGGUUUUUGCCUUCUCAAUUUUCCCUUUUUUUUUUAAAGGAAAGCUCUCUUUUUUUUUUAAUGAUAACAUUUUGCUUUUUUUUUUUUUCCUUUUUAACCUUUUUUGAAAAUAAAAAUUGAGUCGCCUCAUCUCGUGAGAAGAUGGGGAGGAAAAAGAUCCAGAUCCAGAGGAUUACGGAUGAAAGGAACCGGCAGGUGACCUUCACCAAGCGGAAGUUUGGGCUGAUGAAGAAGGCCUACGAGCUGAGCGUCCUGUGCGACUGCGAGAUCGCCCUCAUCAUCUUCAACCACUCCAACAAGCUCUUCCAGUACGCCAGCACAGACAUGGACAAGGUCCUGCUCAAGUACACCGAGUACAACGAGCCCCACGAGAGCCGGACCAACGCGGACAUCAUCGAGGUGGGUGCCCUGUCCUGGCCCCGGAAGGGGGUCCCGCUCCUGGCUCACCCUCCGUGCCAGAGGCCGGCUGCAGAGCCCGGCCCGGCGCUGAACAAGAAGCAUAGAGAGGGUUUGAGCCCCGACGGGGAGGACGUCUUCGCCCUGACGCCCCAGACUGAAGAAAAGUAUAAAAAGAUUGAUGAGGAGUUUGAUAAAAUGAUGCAGACUUACAGGCUCACAUCCUCCGUUCCUGCUCCCAACUUUGCCAUGCCUGUGACGGUGCCAGUGAGCAACCAGAGCGCCCUGCCCUUCAGUAGCCCCGGGGGCUCCCUAGUGACCCCGUCGUUAGUGACCUCCUCCUUGACCGACCCUCGAUUGCUGUCCCCGCAGCAGCAGCCGGCCCUCCAGCGCAACACGGUCUCCCCGGCACUCCCGCAGCGGCCGGCCAGUGCAGGAGAGAGCCCUGGGCAUCCCCGGAGCUUGCCCUACAUUGUGCAAACAGAUAGCAGCCACUGA